CUACAUGUGGCCCCUGUGCCCUGUGCUCAGGGCGCCGGGCGGAAUCGAUAAGCCCAAGCUCACCCCCUCAAGGGACUACGUUCUGAUGUUCAGAAGAAUGUCCGCUGCGGCUUUCAACUUGUGAUUCAGAACGCUCGAACAACCACCAACCCGCCCCAGGAUGGAAACACGGCCAGCUCCAUCGACAUUACCCUGACGCUUCCCUAUAAAUCACAACCCGCCGGACUCUGCCCGCUCGCUAUGCCGUUGCCAUCCUCCACUUAUUCCCCUGUACUCGACACGCGACGCGACCCCCUACACUAUCACCGCCCUUCGCCAACUGCGACCACAUCGACGACUGCUACGUGCUGAUUGUUCCAAGCUCCAACACCAUCAUCAUCAUCAACCUGCACAAUGCCGACCUACAGUCCCAGCGCGCAGGCCGCGCUGCUCAGAGCUUCCAACCGAGUCUUUGAGCCCAAGACCACCGCCGACUCCCUUGCCGAACUUGCCGAUGGAAUCGUCCUCGGGCAUAUCCUCCACGAGCUCGAUCCGGAGUUUAAUCCUUCCGAGCUCGAUCAAAGCCCCAGCACAACCAGAUACCUCACCAACAAGAGAAAUAUCCAAAUGGUCUACAAGGGCCUCUUCAGGUUCAUCCGACGCCAGGUUCCUGAGCUUGGGUGCCAGGCCAAGAAGUUCGACUAUCAUGGCAUUGCCGAAAAUCCCGAGCCCCAGGGCAUCAGCCAGUUGCUAGCAGUCAUGCUCUCCGCUGCUGCCAUGGGCCCUGAUAAUCAGAGAUUUGUUCCCCGAAUCCAGAAUGGUCUUGACAAGCAGACGCAGGCAGAAAUUAUGCAGAUCAUCCGAACCAUGCAACUAGAUAUCAACAAUUCCAGGGGCGACGAUGAUCUCGACGAGGCCAUUGACGCUGUCAUGGAGGCCCGGGACAUUGAUCUCCUCGUCGAGGAGCAGAAUGCGGCAUUGAGGCAACAACUAGAUCUGACCAAGAAGAAUCUCUCAGACUACAUCACCCGACUCGAAUACCUACAACAAAGCCACGAAGAGCUCAAGUACGAAAAGGAAAAGAACGACCGCGAGCUCGAGGUCUUGCGAAAGGCAACCCAAGAUGGCGCCAACAGCGCCGAGUCGAUCAAGGUCCUCGAAGCCCAGGUCCAUGAGCAGAUGGAGAUCAUCGCGCGGAACGAGGAGCUGAUUCGUAAAUACGAAAGAAACUUGGCGCACCUCGAAAGCGAGGUUCAAAGGCUAACCCAGAAGAGUAUCGAAGCUGACGAGCUCCGCGACCAAGUGAUGGAGUGGAAACACAAGUCUGAGGAGUUGGAGAAGAAGGCCAACACCGCAGAGCGAUACAAGCAGAAGCUAGAGUCCCAACAGCACCUUGUCAGGGAAGUCCAGAAUCUGCAGUACGAAAAGGCCGAGCUGCAAGACCAGCUCAGAUCUCUCACAAGUGACCAUGAACGAAGCGAUCGCACUAGGAAGGCUGAGGAUGAACUGACCAAGAUGAUAACCCAGUCAGAGCAGCAUCUGUGGGACGAGCGCCACCAAAAGACGCAGCUGAUGAAGGACAUGACAGCCCUAGAGGAGGAGGUAGUCCGCCUUCGGGCUCGCCAAAGUCACGAUGAGAACUUCAUCAAGGAUCUCCAAGAGCAACUGCAGAACAACUCUGGACCUCAAGGUGGAAUUCCGGGCGACUCAGGUGCAGCCUUCAACCUAGAGGACGAGUUGAACAGCGCAGCCGAGGAUGGCCAGGUUAACCUCCCUUUGGAGCUAUCCCGCCUCAAGGCCGAAAACGCUCUGUUGCGCAGCACCGUCGGUUCCACCGGUGACACCAUGACGCUUCGAAAAGAGCUAGACGAGGAAAAGCGCCAACGUGCACACCUGCAACAAAGUUUCAACGAUGUAUUCGAAAAGCAUGCUGUUGCACAGGACCAAAUCGAAGCCUUGAUCAAGAAUAUGACCAACGAAGGGACACAAGCCUUCGUUAACCUUCGGACCCAGUGUAUGCAAUCCAACUUCGAGCUCGAGCAAUGCAGGAAGCAAGUAAAGGACCUUGAGGCUCAGGUGGCCGAUCAAGGUCGGGAACUCCUCGAUGCUAGGACACAGCUAUCUGCUCUCGGAAAGGAUAGUAUUGAGGCACUAAAUGAGCUUAAGAACACUGAUAGGUUGAUUCGUGAGUCGCUCAAGGCUGAGCUGGAUCGUGUCCGCCAAGAAUUAGGCUACUCCGGUGCUGAGCGAGAUGCCCGAGAAACCCAGCUUGUCGAGGCUCUCCUAGAGAAGGACAAGCUUCGAAAGGCAGUUGAGGAGAGCAAGGAACUUCAAGACGCCACUCCUUCUGACGCGGAUAAUUCCGAGGCUGGCAAAAAGAACGCUGAGAAGGUCGAGAAACUCCGCGCUCGUCUCAUCGAAAUUCGCAAGCAACUCGAGACAUCCGAACAAGACAAGAUUGAUUUACAACGCAAACUCAAAGCUGCUCAUGAUGGAGAAGCGGCAGCAGCGCAGAAGGCUGCGAGCGACCAAAUCAUCCGAAACCUCGAGAGAGAAAACGGUCUCAUCGCAACGGCAUGGUAUGAUCUCACGAGCCGACUCCAGAGCAACCACGUCGUCCUCCAGAGGCGGCACGACGCUCCGAGGAGUUGGCUCAAUAAACAGAGGCAGAUGGUCAAUGCCACCCCGCGGCGAUAGGAACUCGUGGGGUGAAACCCCCCGCCGAUCAAGAUGGGCUUGACCUAUGCUCCUCGCUCGGCGAGCAUCGAAAUGUCCCGGGGGGCUUCAGGCUCGAAGCCGGAGCCUCAAGUCAACAACAAUCCCUCCGUAACCAGCAAUAUGCCUGCCUGCGGCCGGUGACCUUAUUACAUGAUGCUCUGCCAUCUUCCAUUUUCUUUUUAUAAUCCCUUUUUGAGCUGGGUGUCAGGGCCAACCUCGGAGGCACCGCGUUACCUAGCUCUGCUCUUUUUUUUCCAUUAUUCUGUUUUGCACGCAUUGCGAGGGAGCUUGGGGAGUUUCGUUUCAAGGGCAUCGCUAGAAUGGGUGACGGAAGAUAUGUCGCCAUGGAAAGGAGGGAAACUGCAUUCCUGGAGAUCGGAUGAACGGGCUUUGCGGGUGCAUCAAUAUAUACCCUACGUUUCGUAAUUAUUUUUCGCGGGCAUCCAGUGAUUGAUCGAAUUCAAUCAAUAGUGUC